AUGUCUGCACCACCAGAGGGCCCUUAUCGAGGCUCCAUGGUUAACUACAGUCCUCACGACAGCGGGAAAGAUGCGAACCGGGAUGAUAUCAUCUCCUACGGCGCACCUCCGUUGCUCGUCCAAGAUAGAUCUGGAUUUCGUUACUCCGAUACAACCCAGCCAACCUAUGGGUCUCCGUCGACUUUGAUCACAGACCACUCCCUACAACGCCAGCCCUCACAUUACGAUACACACGAAUAUAGACUCUCUCCAAUCCAGGGUAGCAGAAAGCGACAAUUUAUCGACAAUAAGCCUGAGGCCAGUGGAGGCACUGAUCACAACUAUGGGUACCGACAUAUCUUGCAAAAUCUACCCAUGGGUGACCCGUCGGCUUCAGCAGGCGGAUCGACCGACUUGACGUACGCUGAUCAUGUCGGGGCUUCAUCUUCUCACCAGGCAUCGAACCAGGACUACCUCCAAAGUUCUCUUCCGCAACAGCACCACCACCAUCGACUACCACCCCAAUCAUUGGCAGCUAUGGACCAUGGCUCUGAAGCCACGGGAUCAUACUUACCGCAAAUCGACCGCAGUCACUUGACCCGUCCGGGCAUGCCUAAACCAUUCCCUGCGCCAAAAGCCCCAAAGACCAGAUUCAGUGCCAAGGAAGAUGCGCUGUUGAUAAAAUUAAAGGAAGAGUUCAAGUUGUCCUGGAAGGAUAUUGCGUGGUUCUUUCCAGGGCGAACCCAAGAAACACUGCAAGUCCGUUACUGUAGCAAAUUGAAGGAAAAAGUCGUGGGUUGGGAUGAUGAUUGGGAUCUGAAACUGAAAACGGCGCUGGGAAGGUAUGAGGACGACAAAUGGGAGUACGUUGCCAAGAAGCUUGGGACUGGUAUACGACCAGCGGCGUGUCAGCGGAGAGCCGAAGAGCUUGGAUGA